AAUAGCUUGCACUUCAGGUUUCCAAAACCCUCCUUCGAUACCGCCCAGUCUCUCGGAGAAAAAGUGAUUGUGUUUCGGGAAGACACAGGCUCUGACACAUGAAAGGAAGACGCAUACAGAUUCCAAUGUUGUAGUUGAAGACAGUUUAUCUUUUCCACGCACAGUCUGAUCUGCUAAAGGGAGUAUUUCAUAUCAGAUUUCACGUUCAGUUCUGACCAGCUGGGAGAGCAGAGAGAGGGAGAGAGAGGGCUUGUUUCUCUUCCCCUCCGACUCUGGGUCUUGGAACUCAGGAGCGCAGGAAAGCGAACCACGGCGUGGAACCCUAAACCUGUGUAGGCAAGAUAAAACGUCUGUCGGAAUUUGUUAAGGAUUCUCUUUUGCGAGAUUGACACAUAGGUGAGAGCAAAUAGAUCGUAAGAGAUGGACGAGCAGCCGCGGUUGAUGCACUCUCAUGCGGGAGUAGGGAUGGCAGGGCAUCCCGGCUUGUCUCAACAUAUGGAAGGCACCGGAGGGACGGACGGCGAUGGGAGAAAACAGGACAUUGGAGACAUUUUACAGCAAAUAAUGACCAUCACAGAUCAAAGUCUGGACGAAGCUCAAGCUAGGAAACACGCCUUGAAUUGCCACAGGAUGAAGCCUGCUCUCUUCAACGUCUUGUGUGAAAUCAAAGAAAAGACAGUGCUGAGUAUCCGUGGCGCCCAGGAGGAGGAGCCUCCAGAUGCCCAGCUCAUGCGAUUGGACAACAUGUUGCUGGCGGAGGGCGUGUCUGGACCUGAGAAAGGGGGCGGUUCUGCAGCGGCCGCGGCUGCAGCUGCAGCCUCAGGAGGCGGGGCAGGAGCGGAUAACUCAGCGGAACACUCGGACUACAGAGCCAAGCUCUCUCAGAUCAGACAGAUCUACCACACAGAGCUGGAGAAAUACGAACAGGCUUGUAACGAGUUUACUACCCAUGUGAUGAACCUGCUGAGGGAGCAGAGUCGCACACGGCCCAUCUCUCCCAAGGAGAUAGAACGCAUGGUGGGGAUCAUCCACCGCAAGUUCAGCUCCAUCCAGAUGCAGCUCAAACAGAGCACCUGCGAAGCCGUCAUGAUCCUGCGCUCACGCUUCCUCGACGCCAGACGGAAAAGACGGAACUUCAACAAACAGGCGACAGAGAUCCUGAAUGAGUACUUCUACUCGCACCUGUCUAACCCCUACCCUAGUGAAGAGGCCAAGGAAGAGCUGGCCAAGAAGUGCUCCAUCACAGUUUCACAGGUUUCCAACUGGUUCGGAAAUAAAAGAAUCAGAUACAAGAAAAACAUUGGAAAGUUCCAGGAAGAAGCCAACAUGUACGCUGCCAAAACUGCUGUGAACGCGACCAACGUAUCCUCACACGGGAGCCAGGCUAACUCGCCCUCCACUCCAAAUUCUGCAGGUUCUGCUGGAUCUUUUAACAUGUCAAACUCCGGUGACUUGUUCAUGAGCGUGCAGUCUCUCAAUGGGGACUCGUACCAAGGGGCUCAGGUGGGAGCCAACGUGCAGUCACAGGUGGAUACCCUUCGCCAUGUUAUCAGUCAGACAGGCGGAUACAGUGAGGGCCUCACAGCCAGCCAGAUGUACAGUCCGCAGGGCAUCAAUGCAAACGGAGGCUGGCAGGAUGCUACCACCCCCUCAUCAGUGACAUCACCCACAGAAGGACCCGGAAGUGUUCACUCGGACACGUCCAACUGAUCCCUCCACCCUUCUCCUCCACCACCGUCCAGACAGCCCUAACCUCCACCCUCGAUCAUCCUGCCAGUUUCCCAGCCAGCCCCCCCCCCCCCCCC